CACCACCACAUAUCUUCUGCCGUAUUGCUCAUGAGCUCUGCGCAAGUUCCUGGCGAUGCGCACGGUUAAGCUCGUCGUCAUUGGUGCAUCUGGUGUCGGCAAGUCCAGCAUCCGCAACCAGUACAUCUCAGGCCGCUUCACGACGGGCUAUAGGGCAACCAUCGGCGCAGACUUUAUAACGAAGACUCUGCCCCACCACAAUGUGCCGGACGAGCUGGUGACUCUGCAGAUAUGGGACACGGCAGGGCAGGAACGGUUCUCCGCACUCUCGUCGGCGUUCUUCCGCGGCGCGGAUGCAGUCAUCCUAAUGUUCGACGUCAAUCAACCGCAGACGCUCGACGCCCUGACGAAGUGGUGGGGCGACUUCCGGGACAAGGCACCCGUGCCUGACGAGGCCGUCGACGAGUUCUGCUGUGUCGUCGUGGGGAACAAGAUUGACAUCGCGCAAGCGGCGGGGAGCGGGCAUUCGGCGGUGUCGGAGGCAGAGGCGAUCGACUAUGUGCACAGGCUCGUACCCCGUCCCGCCACACCCCCGUCCCCCACCGUUCGCCUGGCACCGCCAGAAGAUGACCUCUCAGAUGAAGAACUUCCCCCCUCUCCACCUCCAGAACAUCUCGACGCUUCGCGUACCGACUCGAUCGACAUACACUCCCACCUUUUGCGCGGUCGUGCGUCUCGGACAUCGCGCUCUCAUAGCCGCUCCACGCUCUUUCGCGGGGGUAGCGCUGCCGGGACGAUGACGACGACGCACACCAUCUAUCACACUCCUUCCUCCUCUAUAUUCGAUAACUUCGAGUCCGCCCUCUCCUCGCCCGCAUUCACCGCGCUAUCCGCGCCCCCCUCCCGCUCGCCCUCACGCGACUCUCCCCUCCGCUCUCCGCGCCGCAUGCCGUCCACAUCUUCCAUGUCCUCCGCACCGACUAUCACCCCCAGCCUUUUCAUUCGCGGCCAGGCAGAAGUCGCUACGACCGCUACAACUCCAGAGUCGGGUUCCCCACCAGGAAACUCAUAUUGCCCCCCGCCGCCGCUCGAACGAUACCCGAAGCUGUUCUUCACCUCCGCAAAAACGGGAGAGGGCGUGAAGGACGUGUUUGAGUACAUCGCGCGCCGCGUCGUCGUCCGGCAGGAGCACGAGGAGGCGCUCGAGGCGCGGACGAUGUACGUGCACGACGCGGACCAGAGUAUGAGCAUCCACCUCUCCCUGGGCGGGCCCGACAAGGGUCGCUGGGCAAGUGGGGCGUGCUGCGGGUCAUGAUCGCGGGUUAUGCGGGGUAUGUUCGGCGCCGACACUCAUAUAAUGGCCGGACCGCGCUGCGUUUGCUUUCGUUCGUUCGUUAUGGAUUCUUUUCUGCUCUGUACCCGUACUGUAGGCUGCUCACGCUAUUGUUCUCUAGGGACGUGUCUCUUGUAUUUACGACGCUAUACCGAUAUCUAUCAGCGAGUCUCCGGAAAUUGCUCUGUUCUUUCGCCUGUUCUUUCGCUCGUGAACUUUGGACGACUUGGGUAGAGGCGUCCUGGCAACGGGCCCGCCGCUACCAAUAAGAGGUUCAUCGGACCCAGAGCUCAUGUCUACCGCCGUGCGCGACGUCGCCACCGAGCCCGCCUCGUCGUGCGCGGCGCCAUCGAGCGCCACUGCCAGCGCCGGCCUCGCCUGCGGAGCCCGCGCGGGCAGCGCGCCCACAGACCGCUUGGGGCGGGAGCGCUCUGAGAGCUCGAAGGUGAGCUCGAACGCGUACCCAGCCGCGCGAGCACCGGGGGUGCCGCGCACUGCGACGCGCAAGAGGCGCGUGUCCGCCGCGUCGCUCUCCCAGUCCGCGUCGGCGUGGAGGACGAACUCAGCCUGCGCGUGCAGCGCGCCGGACUCCGUACGCCGCACGGUCGAGGUGCGCCGCCCGCCGCUGUCGUCCGCGCACGGCGCCUCCGCGACCGCGUAGUCGCAGUGGCUGCUCAUGGACGUCGCGGAGCGCGCGGGGGAAUGCGGGACUGGGCUCCGCCUGCCCAGGAAGGGCGUGCGGAAGAAAUGGUCGACGGAGAAGUGCGCGGAGGUGCUCCAGACGGGGGGAACCAUCUCCAUCGCGGCGGUGUUGGUGAGGAUCACGCCGACCUUGAUGUCUUGGCU